GAAAAAGCAUAUCAUUGUGGUGGGAUAAGGGGAGAGAGAUGGGACACGUAAUGAGGCUGCUGAUAAACCCUUCUUCUUCCUCACCUCAUCUCCACCUCCGUUACCACCGGACUCUUGACACCAACUCUGUCUUCUCUCUUCGAACCACAAUUACCAAAAGCAAGGGACGAUUCUCUUGUCUUUUCUCCGGCGGCAACCAGAGAGAGGAGCAAGCUCGUAAAUCAUUGGAAAGCGCUCUUGGUGGGAAGAAAAAUGAGUUUGACAAGUGGGACAAAGAGAUCAAGAAAAGAGAAGAAUCCGGUGGCGGAAAUGGUGGUAAUGGUAGAGGAGGAGGAGGCUGGUUUGGAGGUGGCGGUUGGUUCAGUGGCGACCAUUUCUGGAAAGAAGCACAACAGAUUGCCUUUACCCUCUUAGCAAUACUAGUCGUGUAUAUGGUGGUUGCGAAAGGUGAAGUCAUGGCUGCAUUUGUGUUAAAUCCGUUGUUGUAUGCGUUGCGAGGAACACGAGAAGGUUUGUCUUCUCUAAGCUCCAAACUCAUGGGAAGAGAAGCUUCGAAAGUGAGUGGUGACAACUCCGAGGAAAUGUGGAAGAAGGAAGGCUCCACUGCUAAAGAGAACGUUGUCCGGAAAUGGGGAAGUGACUGAAACAAAACUCUUAAAGCUGACUCAAGAAUAAUGACUUUGAGUGUUUUUGUAACAUUAAGAUGAGAUCAAAUGCAAUCGAAUUUUCAGUUUUGUAAUGGAGAAUAGCUGAAUAGGUAUUUUUCUAUGAACAAGAAAGAGUGACCCUGUUU